AUGGGCAAGGGACGCACCGGCGGCGAUGAAGGUUCGUCACCAGCUGCUGCUGCCCCCCUCAGAAGGAGCCCGCGUUGUUUGAAUGGGAGCGACGGCGGUGUCUCUUCUCUCCCCGCUGACGGCGGCCCGCGAAGCAGGAGGGCCGGUCGAGAGGCCAGCACCAAGGAAGCGAAGUCAAGGAAGCAGGGCCCGAGGGACUCCCCAUCUUCCGCCGGUCACUCGCCCGUUCCACUGGAAAGCCCGCCCUCGCCUCCUCCAGAAGGCACGGCGGUCGCCAGCAGCAGCAACGGGGUUCAGCGUCGCACAGCAGCAGCAGACGAAACCGUCAGCGGGAGCACCGCCGCCUCCGGCACCGCUGUAACACCCGUUGUGGGUUCUUCGGAUGUGGCUGGAAUGGCGGAGGAGGAAGAGGAGGAGGAGGAGGAAGAGGAAAAUGCGGGGGCGGGAACCGGGGGGGACGCAGCGGCUGACGGCGUGCGGACGGUGAACUCCAGAAGGGAGGCGUUUGCCCAGGUAGCGCGUGCCCGUGGAGCCCACUUCGCCCGUCCCGACAAGCCACCUGCCCCUGGCACUGCCAGAGCAGGGGCGGCAGCGAGAGGUGCCGGUAGCGGCAGCGGUGGGAGCGGACGGCGACGGGGCGCUGCCUCUGAUGCUGCUUCAGCCGGAGAGGGCGGUGAUGCUCCGAAGGAGCUGUGGCCUGGUCCCUUCGCCGAAGCACGACGUCUGAUGGACAACCGCGAGGCGGCGGCCGCUCUCCGAGAAUCUAUUCGGGUCAACGGCAAGGCCCAGCCAGCUUCGGACGAGGACGGCGACAGCGACGACGAGGGGGACGAGACGCCUCCCCCGAUCAAGGUGGACUGGAAACCCACGGGGAAGGGGAGCAGAAGUGGCAAAUCGCGGACCAUCCCCUCGUUGUUUCGCCUUUGCCUCGACCUUCUGGCGGACAACUUCGACCACAUUGAGUCUCUAGGGGACGUGUCGCCCGAGGUUCGUAACCACCUGGCUGCGGUCAUGUGCCGCCAGCUCAAGCUCACCACGGAGGCCCUGCAGAGGCUUUCUGAACCCGGGGUUACCGAGAUCAUCCUCCCAGACUGCAGCCGCAUCGAGCCCGACCAAAUGCGCAACUCCAUCCUGCAGUGCCGACGCACCCUCAGGGUCUUGAGGCUCGGCACAUGCGGCCGGUGCGUGGGAGACGCCACGCUGGAGGCCCUUACGAAGGCCGGGGGAGUUCCUAGGUUGGAGAUGGCGUCCUUGGCGGGCACGUACCAGCUGACGGACGCUGGCGUGCUGGAGCUGCUGAGCUGCUGCCCGAGACUCACCGGGCUCGAGCUCUCCGCCAACUCGCGCAUUACGCUCAAGGCCCUCGAGAAGAUGGUCGACAAAGAAAGGCCCAUCGGGAUGGCGCUGACGACGCUCUCGUUGACGGACUGCAUCCAGCUCGGGCCCGACGAGCUGGAGCCGUUGAAGGGAAUGGCCUGCCUAGAGAGGCUUUCUCUCAGCGGGGUAAUCAAGCUCACAGACGGAAUCCUCCUGCAGAUCUUGGAGGCGUGCGGCGGACGGUUGCGCCACCUUGACAUCUCGGACUGCACGGACCUUACCGACGCCACGCUCAAAGCCAUAGGGGAGCGGUGCGGGGUCCUGGAGUCGCUCAACCUCGGCCUGUGUCCGCUCCUCACGAGUGGUGCAAUUCAAGAGAUUUUUCAGUACAGCGGGAGCUCUGCAGAGGCGUCGACGGGGCGCCUCGCGCAGAAUCCAAGCGCUACAACCGCCCAAGACGAUGGCGGCAUCAACCCCGCCUGCAGUGGCGAAGGGGGCGCUUUGAACGGGAAGGGGAAAGGGAAGGGGAAGGGGAAGGGGAAGGGGAAGGGCAAAGGUGCAGCGGUAGCCGCCUCUGUGGCCCCGGUACCACGGUCAGCUUCCGCCGAAGACGGGGGCGAUGGGGGUGGUGCACGGAAAGGACACACCAUGCUCAAGUCGAGGCUGACGCGCGUGUCUCUCCGAGGGCUGGCGCAGGUGGACGACAAGGCGGUGGAGGCGAUGGCGGCCGCGUGCUCUGGCAGCCUACGCUCUCUGGACCUUAAAGGACUGGCUCUCAUCACAGACAGGAGCCUGGUGGCGCUUGCGAGAUACUGCUCGUCAUCGUUGGAAUCGCUGGACCUAUCCUUCUGCAGGUCGGCCACCGAGGACGGCUUGGGGCACCUGGUGGACUCUUGCGAUGGCCUCAGGUCUCUCUGCCUGUGGGGGUGCAUGCAGGUCACGGACCGCUUCCUGCGGGGGCACACCAAGGAGGAACUCGUCAUCUCUCGCUACUGA